GAGAGAGAGAGAGAGAGAGAGGGACCAGCCAGAGUCAGAUUGAGACAUAAAAAAAAAAUUAUGUUGUGCUGCAAAGAGAGCCUGGGGUCUAUAUCUGAGACACCAUUUGUAUGUUGUAGAUGAAAUCAGAGAGCGUUAUGCCACUUGGGGGGAGAGAUAGUGCCUGGGUACGAGAGCGUAAAAUGUUGCCUAAGAAGGGGUGGAGAGAACAGGGCAGGAGAGGUGUUGAGAUUGUUUAAGAAAGGGUGAGUGGUUAUUUGUCUGUCUUGUUCUGCCCUCCCUUGCUCUCUCUCUCUCUUUCAGAGUUUCCUCUUUACACUUACUCUUUACAAAAUGAACUGGAAAGAGACUGUUCCUAAAAAAUAUUGGCUACUUCUGAAAAACUGACCAAAGAAAUUGAGGAUUUAUGAAUUGAGGACUUGAUGAAUGUAGGCUUGAAAACAAACAUUUUUGAGAGAUUAUUUGUUUGCGCUUUUCUGGACAAGACGUUUCCCCUCCACUCUUUCUAAACCACAGCAGUUGUCUCCAUUCCUGUUGGACUAUGGUAUAUUCUGGCGCUCUGCCCCUAUCUGGGUUACCUGAUUUCAUUGGAUUAUUCUUUGGAUUACUGAGGAACACUGGUGAAGAUAUAUUGUAUAAAGUGUGCUCUUUUCAACCAAAGCUGUCAACCAUAAAGAUAGAAUGACAACAUUUACCAAACCGUCCAUGCCAGACAUCUAGACCACUCCCUCAUGCAACUGUCAUAGAUAGGGCUGCGCUGAACUGAUCCCACUCGGACUAACACACCACAACCAGGAAUCCCUCCUCAGGACAAUGGCCACGGGAGGGAACGGGCUCGGAUCUGACCGGAGCCUGACAUCCACCUCCCAGCCGCCCAGUGCCUCUGAACGGAGCCUGAAAUCCAACUACCAGCCUCCCAGUGCCUCUGAACGGAGCCUGAAAUCCAACUCCCAGCCGCCCAGUGCCUCUGACCGGAGCCUGAAAUCCAACUCCCAGCCGCCCAGUGCCUUUGAACGGAGCCUGAAAUCCACCUCCCAGCCGCCCAGUGCCUCUGAACGGAGCCUGAAAUCCAACUCCCAGCCGCCCAGUGCCUCUGACCGGCGGCAGGUGGACAAGGCCCUGAAGAGGCUGGAGAAGCUGCAUCGGCUGUGUACCAACCCCAGGCUGGGCCUGAGGAACAGCCCCCCAUACCUCCCCGAUGUGGUCUCAGAGACAGCCACGCUGCUCACCCAGGUGUGGGAGCCAUACAGGGGGCCUGCAGCUGGGGGGCAGGCCCCCCGGGGGGACGAGGGGGAGUACCUGAGGAUCCAUGCAAGACACCUGCUGGAUAAGACUAACCGGGCCGUGCUGCUGUUUAAAGAGGGGCGCGAUAAGAUGUUCGAGGAGAUGUCCAGCUACAGGAGAAACUUGACCAAGCUGUCCCUGCUCUUCAGUCACAUGCUCUGGGAGCUACGGGCCAUGUUUCCCGAGGGAAGCUUUCAAGGUGACACCUUUAGGCUGACUAAGACAGAGGCCGGAGAGUUCUGGAGGCGAGCAUUUGGAAACAAGUGUAUUGUACAGUGGAGCAGUUUUAAGCAGCAUCUCCGUAGGGUCCAUGGCUUUGAAGAGGGGAUGGAGUCCAUGGCUCUAAAGUCCACUGUAGAUCUCACCUGUAACGACCACAUCUCAGUGUUCGAGUUUGACAUCUUCACCAGUCUAUUCCAGCCCUGGAGGUCUCUUCUGAGGAACUGGAACCAGUUGGCAGUGACCCAUCCCGGCUACAUGGCCUUCCUCACCUACGACCAGGUCAAAGCCCGCCUCCAAAACUACCUGCACCAGCCCGGGAGCUACAUCUUCCGUCUGAGCUGCACUCGGAUGGGCCAGUGGGCCAUUGGUCAUGUGACUGGUGAUGGCGGCAUCGUACAGACGAUCCCCCAGAAUACACCUCUCUACCAGGCCCUCAUCCAGGGCUUCAGGGAGGGCUGCUAUCUUUACCCUGACGGACGUGAUGUGAAUCCAGACCUCACCAGUCUGUGUGAGCCAGCACAGAGAAGCAGGGUCAACGUCACAGAGGACGAGUACGAGAUGUACUGUGAGAUGGGUAGUACCUUCCAGCUGUGUAAGAUCUGUACAGAGAGAGACAAGGACACACGCAUCCAGCCCUGCGGACACCUGCUGUGCCAACCCUGCCUCACAGGGUGGCAGAAGUCGGAUGGACACACCUGCCCAUACUGUCGCUGUGACAUCAGAGGGACAGAGUCCAUCCUGGUGGAGCCUUACCUGUCUGUCAGCGAGGAAGAGGAAGAUGACCUGGAGGAUGUACAGCUAGUCAUGAAAAACCUGGCCUAUAUGAAGAGGAUGUCGUCUGAAGAGUACCAGUUCCCCAGCUCUCGCCUGGCUCCACCCCUCCCUCCCAAACACAGCACCUUCUCCCACUGCCCUUCCCCACAAGCCCCCUUACGGCCUUCCGAUAUACUGGCCAAAUACUCCCACUCUAACUCGCGUUCUGCUCACAGUGACACCCCCUCAGACAGAGCGCUCACACACCACACUGCCAGCACUAACAGAUGCCAGUGGGAGGAGCUAGCUAGUAGUGAGAAGGAGAAUUCUGGGGGGUUCAGACAACCGCCCACACUCCCAAUCUCUCACAGGUCAGCCAUGCCUGUCCCCAAUGCGACUUUCUUCAAAAAUGAGGAUUCUGUCUCAGAGCCAAACUUCCACUCCUGUUCCGUGUCCUCCCAGUCCUGUGGAGAGGGUGGAGCAGCCUGGGAAGGGGCUUCAGAUUCAGUGAAACAGAAGAAGAGGUAUAAAGAAAGGAGUGAAAGGAUGUCGGAGCUCUCGGGUUCAGCCAGAGACAGCGGGAGAGAACCACGUCCUCCUGACGCUGGGAGAAAACACAAGCACAACAUCUCUGACUCAACAAUGGAUGGAUAAUAGGAAUAAGAAAGGUUGAUUUCCACUGUUCCUGAUAAACAGCCAUUGUUAAUCUUAUGUACCUUAUGUAUAUGUAUCUUAUGUAUGCCUUAAUAUGGAGGGAGAAUAAUGACAUCAAAGUGAAUGGAGAAGGACAGACUGAUGGAGCAACUCACUGAUGCCCUCUGCUGCACAGCAAACAGAGUAAGCUGCUGCACAGCAAACAGAGUAAGCUGCUGAACAGCAAACAGAGUAAGCUGCUGCACAGCAAACAGAGUAAGCUGCUGCACAGCAAACAGAGUAAGCUGCUGCACAGCAAACAGAGUAAGCUGCUGCACAGCAAACAGAGUAAGCUGCUGCACAGCAAACAGAGUAAGCUGCUACACAGCAAACAGAGUAAGCUGCUGCACAGCAAACAGAGUAAGCUGCUGCACAGCAAACAGAGUAAGCUGCUGCACAGCAAACAGAGUAAGCUGCUGCACAGUUGCAAAAACAAGUUAAAUUCUUCCAUUGCUUGAUGUGUGUAUGUAGGGCAUUGAAAAUAUGCUACCUCAUAAUUUACCCCAUACUUAAAACAUAUUGUCCAUGAUGUAUGGCUAGUACGGUAUAUAGCCUACAUACUAUAGUUGUAUGUUAAUAUGAUCAAACAUGAAACCCAAAUAAAACUUUUGCACAUCUAUCAUACCAAUAAAAAUGUACAUAGUAAUGAAAGUGUAGUUCCUAAGACAGACAGAAGGAAGACAGUGUAACUUCAGGCUUUAUUGUGUUUGACAUGUUACACUCUGUGCUGAGUCCACUUUAGUAUCAAACUAGGAGGAGAACGAGAGAGAGAGAGGAAGAGUUUGGAGGAGUGGAGGUCUGAGAGACAGGGAGGAAGAGUUUGGAGGAGUGGAGGUCUGAGAGACAGGGAGGAAGAGUUUGGAGGAGUGGAGGUAUGAGAGACAGGGAGGAGGAGUGGAGGUCUGAGAGACAGGGAGGAAAGCAGCUAGUGGUGUUACAUGUUGGCCUUCAUGGUCUCAUCGAUCCAGGGGAGGAACUCACACACUUUGACAUAGACUCCGGGGUAUCCGGGCACAGCACAGCCCUGACCCCAGGACACCAGGCCAUGAACCUCACCCAAACACACUAGACCACUGCCAGAGUCCCCCUGAGAGAGAGAGAGAGAGAGAGAGAGAG